GGUCUCUAACAAAAAAGAAAACUCUCUGAUCGAAUCGGUGACUCCACGACGCCCCGCUCGGCGCUCGCUGCUCUCUCUCCCUCUCUGUCUCGGCGCCGCCGCGGCCAUCGAUCGACCUCGAAGGAGGCGCGGCCUGCAGCCUCCACCUUCGCUCAGCCAAGUUUUAGGAGCCCGGAGCCAGUGCACUGCCACCUCUAACCCGGAGUCCGAACUGAAGAAACGUUUCUGUUCCUUCAGACUAAUUUCUAAAACAAUCACAUGUCUAAGGCACGCAACGCCUUAGUUGUCACUGGCUUGGUGAUCUUUGCUGGUACCGGCCUAGCAUUUCCCUUCUACUUUGUGAAAUCAAAGAACAGGCCUAUUAUCGAUUCAACGAAGCCUCUGCCACCGCAGGCUACUUUCCGAGGACCGUAUGUGAACACUGGAUCGCGCGACAUAGGGCCUGAUCACACCGAGUACCCCAAGAAGUGAUAUGUAUUUCCAUCUUGUUUUCUCUUUGUUUUUCAACGGGCAUGCAGAAAACCAGUGAGUUCUGAGUGGAACCCUGUAAUGUUGAUAACCGGCUCGUGAUGUUGGGCAACGCAAUUGCUGUGGUAGAUUAGCUUCGGUUUGAGCCUUUGAGGUGUUAUGUGCAGAACACAUGCAUAUGAGCGUAGUUCUUCCUGAACUGUAAGCGCUUUUGAUCAUUUCUUGUGCUCCAGUGAUUA